AUCGCGCUGUUCUUGUAAGGCAUAGAGCGUACAACAAAUUCGAGAGAUCGAGACCACAGAGACGCUAAGGCUCACCAAUGUCAUCUGCUGGCUCCGCAGCUUCCGCCGCCUUCCACCUCUACAGCUUUCUUUGCACACUGCUUAAUCAUAUGCCCAUUGUCCCGUUCUAUCAGAAUGGCGGCGCGCAGGUGCCACUCGGGGAGCGCCUGCCGUCAUGGCUCCCGCCGUCAUCCAUGUCUUCCGUAUCUUCCAUUGACAUCCCAACGUAUCCCUCCAUCGCAACGUACUCUUCCACGACCCCGACCGUAACACCUGAUGCUGCGCUGGACGCUCUUUACGAACACAAUCUACCGACCAUCGAUAUUUCAAGUGACCAUCCAUUAAACCAAGAAGUACUUGGGCAAGCUCCUGCUGGUGGCUUGUCAAAGGAACUCGACGAUUCAAUGAAGGGUCGGAAACCCGUUAUCGCCGCUGCUGGUACAUUCCUUGGCCUCUUCUCGUUCUCGCAAAUCUACCAGAAUGUGCUUUUCGACAAGAUCACACCAUGGUCGGAGCGCAUGGAGGAGAAAGCAUGGGUUGCGUCAUCAGAAUCGUGGCUGGAAAGGAAGACGUGCGACUGGUUCGGUAUGUGCGGCAUAACACAUCUGGACAAGUCACGGUGGACCAGCAAGGGCAGGAUACAAACACCGCGGGACGGUGAGAGCGCGGAUAAGGCAGACUUGAGCAGUUUCAAGGAAGACGCCAGGAUACUACCGGAAGACUAUGACCAAAAAGAGGUCGUCGAGAUUCCGCAAUACGUUUUGGAUCACGCUCCAUUGAUUCAUCUGUACUCUGGCGAGAAUUUCUGGCCAUGGGGUCGAUUUGUGUACUUACAGAGUGACGAUAACGUGGAAGAUCGGCCAAAGUGGCUGGGUGGCAGUACCAAUAUACCUGAGGCUCCCAGUGACGGUGACAGUGGCGCUGAUUGGGACGAUGAUGACGGUAAAGAAGGUCAUCACGAUGGAAGCGGUAACGAUUACAGAAAGGAGCCCUGGUGGCACGCAGGGAAGGGAGACACCGAAGAUAGAGGAGGCAUCCGCCCAGACUCGACUUCUUCAGGACGCUUGAUACCAACCAGCACACCGGAAGGUGAUAAGCUUGUUGAGUCAGAAGAGAUCUGGCAACCAGAGCUCAUGAAAGAUCGCCGUCGAUUCGAAGGGAAGAAGGUCGUUGGUGGCCGCAGCGACGCGCCUGCAGUGCUCGUCGUCGUACCCAAGGGCGAUGGUGUUGUAGAUGCUUUCUGGUUCUUCUUCUACAGCUACAACCUUGGAAACACGGUGUUUAACGUUCGCUUUGGAAAUCACGUUGGAGACUGGGAGCAUACCACUGUGCGCUUCCAUAACGGCGUCCCUAAGGCAGUGUUUUUCAGUGAGCAUGCAUUUGGAGAAGCCUACACUUGGGACGCCGUAGAGAAGAUGGGCAAGAGGCCUGUUGGAUUCUCUGCGACCGGCACUCACGCCAUGUAUGGUACUGCGGGCACACAUCCCUACGUCCUCCCUGGCGGCAUCCUACACGACGUCACCGAUCGAGGCCCUCUUUGGGAUCCCACCAUGAAUAUGUAUUCGUACACCUAUGACUACCAGCGCGACCACCUCGCGACGUCAAAUCUCACGCCUGAAGCUCCCAUCGGCUUCUUCUACUUCGCUGGACACUGGGGCGACAAGUUUUACCCGCUCAGUGAUCCUCGACAGUAUCGCUUCCUUGGUCAAUAUCACUACGUAAACGGACCGUUAGGUCCAAGGUUCAAGAACCUGGGCAGGCAGCAGAUCUGCCAGGGCAAUGGAGAUUGCAUACUCAAGGACACUCUGGACAGUAAUCGCCAGAGGAAGAUGAAGAGAUAUCCACACGUUGGCGAAGGGGAACAGAUGAACGAGGAAGACGCGAAGAAAGUCUUUGGGCCUGAGUACGAUUCUGCAUCUUGAGCGUUGCAUCACGAUAUCCAUGACUCUUACGCUCACUUCAAGUUGUUUGGCGUUGGUGGUUGCUUCUACUGCGUUUGGAAUUUAAGAUACCUACAUACAAUCACAU